CGGAUUCUCGGUGGCCGUAUUUUUCAGCAAUGAAAUUUCUAGAGAGUAGUGUUGCCACAACCUCUAACAGAAUAUCUUCGCUAUCAACAAAGGAAGAAGAAACAGUUACAGGAGAUGAUGUGCCUGUUGCUAAUGAGGGGAAGAAACGAAAAAGAAAGGAGACUAAAGGAAGUGGUAAUGGGCUCAUUGAAAAGGCAGAAAAAAUUCUGGGCCAGGAAAUUGAUGCUUUCCAAACCUUUGGAGAUUAUGUGGCUAGUGAGCUGCGGUCACUAAAGAAUGAAAAAAAUGUAAACAAACUGAAAAUAAUGAUUCUGAAAAACAUCAUUGAAAUAAGCGAGAUUGACAGUGCAGAAAUCCCAUCCACUCCAGUUUCGCCAGUGAGAGAUACAAGUGCUGCCAGUCAAUGCGUACUUAAUAUUACAGAUUUUAUAAACAUAGAAUAA